AUGGACGUGGACGAGAAGGACAGCCCGCUGUCUAUCGCGUCUAACGUCGUUGGAAUCCUGACCUUUGUCGUCGCCAUUGCGGCCGCCAUAUACGCCCGCAUCAGCUACCUACGCAAUAGCGAUGAGGAGUACUUCCGCGUCAAGGCUUCGCUGUCGUGGUACAAGACAGAGUCGACAUGGCUCGCAAAGCUUAUACAGGCCGCCGCCCUGAACGGAAACGGCGGCCUCGGUGCCAAACCGGGAAACCGGCAAUCCAUCGCCGACCAGCCUGACGCGGACCACUUUCGCACGCACCUAGCCCCGGGCCAGCGCUUCCUCCCCGAAUACCAGAUGUACGCGUACGUGAUGGAUGACCUGAGGAGGCUUGAGAAGCGCCUGCUCGAAAUUGUGGAGGAGACGGAGCUGAGGGCCGCGGACAGCGACCGGCGGAGGGGCGAGAGCUGGACGGUCGUGCCGAAGAGCUGGACGCUCGGGUCUGGGAUCGCCAUUUCCUGGCUUCCGGUGCGGAAGAAGGCGCUGGAGCUCGUCAGGCAGAGGGACGCGCUGACGGGAAGGGUGCAGUUUGCGCAGAUGAGCAUGGUUUCCUCCCGCAUACGAGAUCUUGAAACGAGGGUCAAGUGGAUGGAAUCGGUCAACUCGGAGUCGCUGGGCCGACUCGAGAGGUCCAUGACGGUACAGCGUGAGGAAACGCUGAAGCUGGAGGAUAUGGUGUGCUUGAUUGGCAAGAAGGAUUCGAGCAGGUACAGCGCCGAGGUCCAAAACAUCAUCGAGAUUAGCACCAAGGCGAGGCGGUUAUCCGCAUCACACGAAAACCCCGAGGUUUAG